AUUAUGUUUAGCUAUGAUGGAUGGAAUGUUUUAAAUUACUCGCUAGAUAAGUUUAGAAAUGUAGAAAAGAGUCUUCUUUUCAGUAAUGUUAAUAGUGUUGUGAUUGUUACAAUAUUAUAUCUUUUAAAUAUUGCAUAUAUUUCUGUUAUACCUGAAAACAUAGUAUUACAGGAUGGAAUAACAGCUCAAAUUAUAGCAGCACCCUUUUUUGAAAAAUUAUUUGGUGAAAAUAAGAUAAUA